ACAAUGCGACAAGCCAUUGAGGUGUGGGUAGGGAGUAUAAUAGUUACCUAUAGGGUAUAGGUCAUCGUACCUACUGUUCAUAAAUAUAAAAAUUGUUAAUAAAUCAAGUGAUUCGUUGUUUUUUUUUUUUGCGCACAUUUAAUACGUGAUGUAUUUAUAUGGGUGGAACUUAAUUUUGGUAAUUUUGGUGGCAAGGAAAGCUAACGGUGUUGUGAUUGAUUUAAGUCAUGGUUAUCAAAACCAAUCUACUACCUGUUGGAAUCCAACGCAGCGGUUCGAAAUAUUUGGAGUAAAGAGAGGCGAAAGUUCUAGAUGGUAUUCAACACAGAGUUUUUCAGUAUCUGAACAUUGUGGCACUCAUUUAGAUGCACCUUAUCAUUUUUAUCAAGCCGGAUGGAAAUUAGAUGAUAUUCCAUUAGAGCGCAUGAUAGUUGAAGGUGUGCAUCUUAAUGUCAGUCGUGAAGUUAAUGGAAACGGUGACUUUUUACUGACAGUCGAUCAUUUGAAAAAAUGGGAACACGAAAAUGGUCCACUUCCACAGCGUUCUGUGAUAUUAGUCAAUUUCGGUUGGGCUCACAAGUUUGGCAAUCGUCAACUAUACUAUAAUAACGACACAGAGCGAUCAUUAUUAAGUUUUCCAGGAUUAUCUAAAGAAGCAGCACAGUGGAUUGUGGAUUCCAAAAAAGUAUUUGGCAUAGGAGUAGAUGGCCCGAGUGUCGAUGCAGGCAGAACAACGACACACGAUGUGCACAGAAUAGUAUCUAAAGCGAAUAUAUAUAAUCUUGAAAACGUAGCUUUAAAUGGUACGACAUUACCAUCAAAAGGAUUUAAACUUAUUAUCCAGCCAAUCAAAAUUAUAGGAGGUACCGGUGCACCUUGUCGGAUUUUAGCUUUUACAAAUAAUACACUCGAUAAAUGAAUGACAAUUCAGUACUUGAUUAUGUACAUUUUAAUAAAGCGCCCAACUAUAAAUUAUAAUGGAUAAUUGAUCGCCAUAAAAUAAAGUCACACAAAGGUCAAAUGUAAGACAAGAUAUUGUCUUUUUAAUUUUAUACAAACGUAAUUUCUUCUGUAUGCUAUAAUAAUUUAAAUAUAGAUAAUUAUGUAGGCUCUUACAUAUUUUUUUGAAAAAUUAUGGUUAUAAACUUGUAAUAUAUUUUUAUUUUUUACAAACAUAUAUCCCUUUUAGUGAUAGUCACGAUAUUUUGACUGUUUUAAAUUACAUUUUACCUAUUUUAUUAGAAAAAUUAACGCGAGUUUACUGUGAUUAAAGAUGUGAUUAUUAUGAAUACAAAUAAAAUUGGCUUACCGUGGACAGAAUUACAGAAAAUACUGAUAAUUAAUAAGUACUUAUAGACUUAGUUAUAGACUUAUAGAUAUGAUGCCAGUAUUUGAUUUGUCAAUACCGGUGUAAUAGGAACACUAUAAAACAAAUUCUCCAUAACAAAAUUAAUUUUUUACACAAAUUAUUACGAAGAACUUUAAUUUAGAUACAUUAAAAUCGGAAUACUGGACAGUAUUGUAUGAUAGUCCGGAUUUCGGAAUUAGUAUACGUUGAGAUUAAUUUAUUUUAAUAUAAUUUAUAAUAAAACAUCUUUUGCAAUAGACACGACUGACAGGCUAUUACGAAAACAUUAAUAAUAAUAAUAAUAGACUUAAAGAAUGGAUAACAACAGGUAUAUAUUAUACUAUAAUACUAUAUAUUAUGCUCAGCUUGAAGAAAACAAAAUUUGUCUAUAAAAAUUAAAUUAUCAAUCCUUAUAAAAAAUGAACAUGCUAAUAACAAAGCGUUCCUUAUGUUCUUUGCCACUAAAUACAAAAAUAAUAAUAAAUUUAUAACUAU